CCGCGCCUGAGACCCUCGGGGCUGCCUGGUUGCCGAGGCGACCGUUGGGCUGCAAUCGCGGCGGCUGCAGAAAUGGAGGGUCCUGGAGGCAGCUGAAACACCGCGUUGGAGCGACUGUCGCGACAAUGUCACACGAAGGCUCGAGGCAGGCGCGAGACCGUGGAGUGACCCGCUCCAAGGCUGAAAAAGCCCGGCCGCCCACCCAGCCGGUGCCACAGGUGGACAUCGUGCCUGGGCGGCUCAAUGAGGCAGAAUGGAUUGCGUUUAUGUCCCUGGAGGAGGGCGAGGACGUAGUAGGUGACAUCCUGGCCGACCUUCUGACUCGAGUCAUGGAUUGUGCCUUCAAAGUCUACCUGACCCAGCAGUGCGUCCCAUUCACCAUUAGCCAGGCCCGAGAGGCCAUGCUGCAGAUCACUGAGUGGCGAUUCCUGGCCCGGGAUGAGGGAGAAUCUGCAGUGGUCGAGGACCCCACGUGGGGCGAGGACGAGGAGCCCCUGGCAUGCACCACGGAUGCCUGGGCCCAGGGCUCCGUGCCUGUACUGCACGCACCGGCACCCGUUGGUGUAGAGGAGCACUUCCAAGGCGAAGAACCUGGGAACCCGGACCAGUUCCUUUUAGGUUCACCGUGGUUGGACAGAGACUCCCAGGAGCCAACAGCAUCUUCAGAGCCUUCUACCCAGACAAGAGGCAUCCCAGGAUCCACGCCCACCUUGGAGAUGUUUCAGGAAGCUGAGCCCGGGGAUACCUUGGAAGAACCCCACGGCCAGGAGCAAAGCCACAUCUUGGCCACAUCUUUAAAGGAGCCUAGCCACAACUUGACCGUGCCUUCGUUGCAAGUGGUGCGCUCCCACAGCCCCCAGUGUUGCCUGGAUCUGCCCCAAGUAGUCAGCCUCCAGGCCUCUGAGAAGGGAUCAUCCCUCAGCUCCCAUCUGUCCCUUGAGGAUCUUUACACCUGCGUGCCUCAGCCUGACGCGGCAGGGGACCGGCUGAAACGCGAAAGGAAGAGCGCGUCCAGCGCCGCCUCCAACUGGUCUGUGCCCCUCCUCAGUGCGCUCACUGUAGAAAAUCCCUCCUGGUCUCCGCAGCCAGAAGGCUUGGAUACUCCGCAAAACCGCAAGACGCCCAUAGUGCGCCUGGACCCCGCGCGGUUGCCGCGCCACUGGGUGCGCCCUGUGGCCGAGGUCCUGAUCCCGGACACCGACGCACGCCCUUUGGAAAUAUAUCGCGGGCGCCCGAGGGCUGAAAAGAGCCAAGCUGGGGUCCGAACCUCAGCAAGCCGGUCCCAAGCCCUCGGCUUGCGCACGCACCCCAAACUCCACGUCUCUACCUCAAGGUUCCCUCUCCAGUAUUACGCUCCAUUCCGUGCUCUGGGCCCGGAUCCCACUUUAAACUUGGCCCAAUCCUCACCAACCUUCGGAUCAAAGUUACCAUUCCUCAGCCCCGGGUUCCGCUUCCUCGUCAGAAACCCAAUCCCUCCCGAAGUCUCCCGCACCCCCACUCCCAAGUUAUGGCCUCGAGCUAAGUGGCCGAGCGGCUGGGAGAGGGAGGCUGAGCAGCUGGGCGAGCUGUGGGCGGGUCGCACUCGCGUGUCUGCACAGGGCCAGGAACCCGCUGCUGAUGACGCCUCGGACGACUCUGGAUGGCCCCUGGCGGCGCCCCAGGUCCUCGAGGCCACGUCCCAGAUUCUGUGGAAGCCCAUGGUUAUUUCCGAAACCAUGAAGCUGGUUCCUGGUGUGAGUAUGUGGAACCGGGGCACGCAGGAGCUGCUCAGCCCUGCUGCCAUCCAGGAUGAGGCUGAAGGAGGAACCUCCCGCGCGGCUGAGCAGCAACCCAUCCAGACAGGUGUGUCCAAGCCCCAGGUGAUUAUGACACACCUCUUAAGGAAGGAAACCCCCAAAGCCUGGCUACUCCCAGCCAAACCUGUGCCCCACUCUGGGUCCUGAGCCUCCACACACUGGGAAUCGAACCCUGCCCAAAAUAAACUUGCCUUGCCACAGGAACUGA